AUGACAGAUUCAAAUAUUUUGAAGCGUGUUUGGGAGGGUAAAGUUCCUGCCUGCUUUACGUUGGCACAAGAGGAUUUAGCACAUGAAGAUCAUGCUCCUCCACCUGUUUAUAUGUUCCUUCCUCGCGUUUCUUAUUUUCCAUUGGUUACUGAAAAAGUUAUAAGACAAUUCAGUCAGUUCUCUGAAAGUGCACUCAAGGCUCCAUCCGAAGAUAUAACCUCUGAAGCACGGAAUAAAUCGGAACAUGAAAUGCAAUAUAUGUCAUCCGAUCGGAUCGAUACUUUCAAACAUCCUUCAAUACACGAAUUUUGGCUUGAAUAUGCUCAUCAACCCUUAAAAUGGCACUAUCCAAUCGGACUUGUAUUUGAUAUGUGUGCAGAUACAAUGGACAUUCCAUGGAGGAUAACAGUUCAUUUUAGUAAUUAUCCAACUGACGUUCUUUUAUCUCCACCAGUAAGUCGACUAGCCGUUGAGGCGCAUUUCAUGUCGAUGAUUAAAGAAGCAGAUGCUUUAAAGCAUCGUAGCUACGUUAUCAAUCAAAUGCAAGCUAGAGAUCAUCGUCAAUUAUGGAAUGGCUUACUACAUUUCCGAUAUGAUCAGUUUUGGUCGAUCAAUAGCAAACUGAUGGAACCUCUACCACAAAAUACUAAAGAUCUCCCUUUAGAAGAAAUGUCUGCUCCUGAAAUUACAGAACACAAAUCAUUGUCUUCAAGUCUCGAUAAUAUGUCACCUUCAAAGUGUAGAACUUUUCGUUACAUUCCAUGUCGUCUUUAUUGUGUUCCUGAAAACACAAGUUCUACACCAUCUGGUUUCAUUCAGAAGCUCAUUCGCCCUUUAAAUGAUGAUGGUUCGCUUACUUCACUUCAAGAUGCUAUUGAUAUUUUUUUGCAUGCAAAUCCAAAUUCACUUGUACAAAAUCCAAAACCAAGAAGUUAUCUGUUUUUCAUCCAUGGUAUCACAUUACCUAACGAAACCCCGAUGCAAUGGAUCAGCGAACAUUUAUCCUAUCCUGACAAUUUUGUGCAUAUUGUCGCACGUCCUUGCAGCCAUUCUCAUCGGAUCAAAAUUCAUAAUCCUUCAUACUUGUAG